GCGGAAUCUGUAGCAUCUCUCGGAGACGCAUCUCUCUUCCUGCUGGUGUCUGGUGUUGUGUCGUGCUUUCUGUGACUUCCUGCCAGUCGCCCAAUCAUCUGCAGAAGGCCUCUUCUUGCUAGAAGUGCAGAAAAAGUCUAUUGAGCGAGAGAGAGAGAAAGCAGCUCUAUAUCAGUCCGCCUAGGAUGACUUCGACGGGUCAGGCGGAGAAUUAUCAGCUAAAGUGGCACUCCCACCUGUCGAAUUUGAAUUCCUCAGUGGCCACUCUCUACAGAAAUGACAAAUUUGCCGACGUGAUGCUCCUGCCGAGCAACAGUGUCGACUGUGGAGUGGGAAUUCCGGCCCACAAAAUCAUCCUCAGCACAUGCAGUCAUUACUUCGCGUCGAUCUUCGAGAAUAAUCCCACACCCCCGAACUCCCUAAUCUAUGUCGUUCUGCCGGCCGAACUGAGCCGCAAGUCACUCCAGAUCCUCAUCCAGUACAUGUACAGCGGUGAGGCUACAGUGUCCAACGACAUCCUCAACGAAGUUCUGCGCGGCGGAGAGCUGCUCCGCAUCCGCGGCCUCUGGCGCAACCACCACCCCGCCGAGGCGCCCCAGCGACCUCCCGCCGAAGCCGCCGGCGCCACACGCGUCAUCAAGCAGGAGGUGAGCGUGAUAGACAAGCAUCUGCCCAGCAAUGGCGCCGCGAAGGAGAAUCCGGUGCUGGUGAUGAAUCCGCACGUGUCCACGCCUUCGUCCUACACGCCACCCCAGAACAUCGCCGUGAAAAAGGACGUGGCCAUCGAUCCCGCAGACGGAAGGCCUAUUCCAUCCGGCCACUACGGACUGGUGUCGCUGCAAAUCGCGGCGGCGGUGAAGAAGGCUCAACAACACUCUGAGAAGCGCACCAAAAGUCUGCCAGGCGAAAACGGCCCUUCGCCAUCGAACAUCUCUGGGAAGUCUUCGGAGGCUGCGUCCUCUCGUUGUAUCCUCUCGGCUGACUCCUCGCGGUCUUGCCAGGACUCCCGGCGCAUCGUUGAGUCGUGUGCACGCCCAGAUCUUCCGGAAGGCAUCCCGGAGCACGACCUCAGCUUUCUGGGCAUCAAGCAAGAGCCCGUGGAGUGGACAGACUUUGAGCAGCAGAACGGCGUGGAACGCCAGCACAUGGAGAUCACGGUGAAGCCGGAGAUGAUCUACCCGGAUGAUGCACCGGACGAACACGUGGAGGAGAUGCAGGAGCCCAUCUACUCUCCACUGACGUGCGAGCUGUGUAGUGAGACGUUCACCAUUCCUGGCGAAUGGGUUCGCCACAUCGAGAGUUUCCACUCGGACUCGCCGUCGCAGACGAUUCCCAAGAAGAGGAGACGAACUGAUGACAGCACGAGUGACAAUAUCGCAGCGCUGAGAUGCGAUCUCUGCUCCAUGUUCUUCAUCACGCCGGCAGAGUGGGUGCGGCACGUCCAGAACACGCACACGGAGACGGAGCUGGCCAUCUCCAACAACAGCGCGCCGCCAAAGAGAAACGUCCGCGUGAGUCGUCCCAUGGAUGGCCAGAUGCAGGACAAGUGCUGCUCCAUCUGCCACAAGACCUUCCCCUCCUAUGCCAGCAUGGAGAUCCACAAGCGGACACACACAGGUGAAAGGCCCUUCUAUUGCAGCCUGUGCAGCAAAGGAUUCAAUGUAAAGUCCAAUCUGCUGCGCCACAUGCGGACGCUCCACAACCAGUUCAUCAAUCCGUCGAGCGUCCAGGACGUGGCGGAGGACAGCGGCUCAGAGUGAUUCCAUGGCUUAAGUGGUUAGUGAUGUUGCCCGUCUCUUUCUUCUCAAUCUUGUCGUCGUAGAUGUUAGAACAAGUUUAAAGACCCCCCGAUCCCUCUUCCUUCGUCAGGGAUGUGCGCGAAUUUUGUCAGUUCCACACGAGAACUCUUCGUUUUGAAACAUAAAUCCAAAAAUUAGAAUAGAUAGAGUGGAAAGGAGAAGAAAAAUUCUAAUAGAAAUUGUCCGAUAAAAUAUAGACUUAAGAAUUUGGUCUCAGUGUAAAUAAUAAACUAAACGCACAUCCCAGGUUUUCCAUUCCUCGAUUUUAAGAUUCCUCCUUUAACAGAUUUAAAUCUUCGAUGUUCUUUUUGUGCAAUUUGAAGAUUUGUAAAUAGAGACAAAACAAAAUUAUUCAAGUGAUUAUAUUUUUUACGACAUAUAUAUUUAUUAUAAAAUAAAUUAUGAACUUA